CCAGGCAUUGAUGCACCCCAGGAAGCCCACGCGCUCAAGGAGGCCGCCCCCCGCUGGCUGCUGCUCACAUGGUUUCUGGGCCGCUGGCACUCCGGUGGUGCGCGUGGGCAGGGCGUGGGGACAUGGGGCCAGACAUGGAGCUGCCCAGCCACUCAAAGCAACUCCUGCUACAGCUAAACCAGCAGAGGACCAAGGGCUUCCUGUGUGAUGUCAUCAUCAUGGUGGAGAACUCCAUCUUCCGGGCCCACAAGAAUGUCCUCGCUGCCAGCAGCAUCUACUUCAAGUCCCUGGUCCUGCACGACAACCUCAUCAACCUGGACACAGACAUGGUCAGCUCCACGGUGUUCCAGCAGAUCUUGGACUUCAUCUACACCGGCAAGCUACUGCCCAGCGACCAGCCAGCUGAGCCCAACUUCAGCACGCUCCUCACAGCCGCCAGCUACCUCCAGCUGCCUGAGCUGGCAGCCCUGUGCCGCCGCAAGCUCAAGCGAGCAGGCAAGGCCUUUGGCUCAGGUCGGGCAGGCACCUCCGGGAUGGGACGGCACCCGCGUAGCCAGCGGCUGUCCACAGCCACUGUCAUCCAGGCUCGGUACCCAGGGCUGAUGGAUGGGCACAAGGAAGCCCACAGCUCCCAGGAAUUCCCCCAGGCUAAGGGCUCAGAUGAAGAGGAGAUCUUCCUGGGGGCGGCUGCCCAGGAGGGUGUGCACGGUCUGGGCCACACGGCCUGCCCUGUGGGCAGUGAGGUGGGCCUGGGGGGCUGCAGCAGCAGCACCAACGGAAGCAGUGGGGGUUGCGAGCAGGAGCUGGGCCUGGACCUGUCCAAGAAGAGCCCACCCCUGCCCCCAGCCACACUCGGCCCCCACCUCACUCCGGAAGACCCUGCCCAAAUGAGUGACAGCCAGCAAGGCUCGCCCACUGCGGGCCCCGCCCCUCUGCCUGGUGCCAACAGUGCCUCUUAUGCCGAGGUGGGUGGCACCCCUGAGGAGCCCAUGGAUUUGGAGGGGACUGAGGGCAACCACCUGAGCCUGCUGGAGGGGCCCAGCGGGCAGCCCCGCAAGAGCCUGCGACAUUCGGCCCGCAAGAAAGAGUGGAGCAAGAAGGAGCCCGCAGCCGGCUCCCCGUUUGAGCUGAGAGAGGCGGGGCCCACGGGCGCCGGCACUGAGGAGGAGGGCGACCGGGUUCCUAACGGCAUCGGCAUCGCGGCAGGAAGCGCUGGGGGAGGCAGCCAGAGUGGGCCCUACGGGGAACCCCCAUACCCCUGCAAGGAGGAGGAGGAGAACGGCAAGGAUGGCAGUGAUGACAGCGGGCAGAGCGGGAGCGAGGGCGGCGGGGGCCACUCCAGCAGUGGGCACUACUUAUACCGGCCGGAGGGCUACGACAGCGUGCCGUACGGUGACAACCUGUACGUGUGCAUCCCCUGUGCCAAGGGCUUCCCCAGCUCGGAGCAGCUCAACGCGCACGUAGAGACGCACACGGAGGAGGAGCUGUUCAUCAAGGAAGAGGGGGCCUAUGAGACGGGCAGCGGGGGCGCCGAAGAGGAGGCUGAGGACCUGUCGGCACCCAGCGCCUCCUAUGCAGCCGAGGCGCGGCCCUUCAAGUGCUCAGUGUGCGAGAAGACCUACAAGGACCCGGCCACCCUGCGGCAGCACGAGAAGACGCACUGGCUCACGCGGCCCUUCCCGUGCAACAUCUGCGGCAAGAUGUUCACGCAGCGUGGCACCAUGACACGCCACAUGCGCAGCCACCUGGGCCUGAAGCCCUUCGCGUGCGACGAGUGCGGCAUGCGCUUCACCCGGCAGUACCGCCUCACGGAGCACAUGCGCGUGCACUCGGGCGAGAAGCCCUACGAGUGCCAGCUGUGCGGGGGCAAGUUCACGCAGCAACGCAACCUCAUCAGCCACCUGCGCAUGCACACCUCCCCCUCCUAGAAGCCAAAGACCCGCGGGCGCCCCGAGCAGGCUCCACACGCAGCGAAGAACGGAGCAGGCGCUCGGAGGAGGUGCAGUGGGAGGGGCGGGUGUCGCCCCCUGCCCCUCUCCGGGCCCAGCCUCCCCCAUAUCCACAGAGCUUUAAUCAGCAGUCUAUACCAAGGGAAGCCAGCCGGCGGCCCGGCCCCGUGGGCAUGGAGCUGGUGGGCCAGUCUACCUCCCCGCCUCACCUUGGGCUCCCAGCUCCCCUCCGCUUGGCCGGUGUGAGUGGCUCCUGCGUCCUGCUGGCCGGGUUGGAGAAGGGCAUUGUGCGUCCGACCCCCGUCCCCUGCGCCAGCCCAGGGCAGGGUGCUGUGUGGAUGCGCGUGUGCGAGUGUAUCCGCGCAGGGCAGGUGCUGGAAGGGCGGGGCGGGGCCGGCACGGGGCGCUCAGGGUUAGCCCACUGCCUACCUCGACAGCUGGAGCCCUCCGGGGGCUGUGUUGCUGUUGUUCCUACUGAUCUGUUUAAACAUUUUUUCCCUGCCUUUUUUUUUUUUUUUUAAAACCAAAAGCAACCAUAGCUAAUUUUCGUCCAGGCCCCUCUGGGGCUGAGCCAGGGUCUGCAGACUGAAUGUAAUGGGGCAGCUGCCCUGCCUGCCGUCCGCCAGCCCCUCCCCAGGCCCCAGGAGCCCUCGUGCAUCUCGCCCAAAGGCGGCCAGGUUCCCCAGCCUGGCCUCGGCCACCUCAGGAGAGAGGAAAGUGCUUUUUCCUAUAUUCCAAGGAAAUGUCCUUCUUGUAGAGGUACUUUUUUUUUUUUAAUUAUUAUUAUUAUUGUUAUUAAGAGGAAAAACCAGUGUAACGUUUAUGUGACUGUUGGAACUGGGAGGCCUGGGUCCUAGGGGGUGGGGGUGGGGCUGCUGGCGUUUCCCGUGUGGAUGUGGCGAGUGCCGUGCGCGUGGGCAGAUGCUUCCCUCUGUGCCUUCCUCACUGAACACGGUGUGGAGGCUUCUGACUUUUGCUACUACCUCUUGGAUUCAUGAUGACAGUAGGCUGGUGGCUGGGACAUCCUCCCGUACCCCCCACCCCUCCACCCCACGCCUGGUGCACCACCUGCUGCUCUCAGCUGUGUGAGCGCAGUUGGCUUUUCUCCAGCUGCACCAGAGAGGGAGGGAGGCCCACCGAGAGGAGGCAGGCCUGUCAGGGCCAGGAUGAGGCGGAAGUGAGACCCCCCCCAUCCCGCCUCCUCGACCUCCACCCACUCCCCAAUGCCUGUGAGACCCCAAGCUUGGGAGGGCCGGCAGUAGCCAGCAAUACAAGUGGGAGGGAGCCAACCAAAAUCCAGUGAGCUCCCCUGGGGCUAGUGACCACCCACAGGCUCUGGCUGGGUCCAUCCUCUCCCCUCACCUCAGGCUUUCUCGGAGACCACCACCAUAGGCUCGGAGCCAAGGGCAGACCAAGGUCAUGGCCCCUGGCCUCACUGCUCUUAGCUUCCUGGGA